GCAGCGACGUCGGCCGGCUGCAGCAUGGCCCUGAUCGACCUCGGACGGGGCGGCGCCAGCGGCGGCGGCCGCGGUGCGGGCGCAGGGGCUGCACCGGCCAAGCCGCGGCUAGUGAUGAUCGUAGCCGAUCCCGGCCGCGAGUCGACGGCGGCGAUGGAGUGGGCGCUCUCCCACGCCGUCGUGGAGGGCGACGACAUCUUGUUUCUCCACGUUAACAUGCCGCACCCCAACAGCGGCGCCGCGGGUGGCGGCGCCGGGCCCUCCCGCACGGGAUCUGGCGGCAGCGUCGGCUCCCCACUCGCGGCGUUGCUCGGCGGCGGCGGAGGGGGCGGCUCGGGCGCUGGCGCUGACGCGGGGGACUUCAUGGAGGCGAUGCGGACCGCGUGCAAGGCGCGGCACCCGCGCGCGCGCGUGCGCGCCGUGCGCGUCGAGCCCGCCACCGAGGGCCGCGAGGCCAAGGCCCAGACCAUCCUCGCCGAGUCCCAGCGCCGCGGCGUCGAGCUCCUCGUCAUCGGCCACCGCCGCGUCUCCUCCUUCCUCGGGUUCAGGAGCGCGAACGGGUCGAGCCGCGGGCACGACAACACGGCGGAGUUCCUGAUCGAGCACAGCAAGUGCCUGUGCGUGAGCGUGCAGAAGAAGGGCCAGAACGCCGGCUACCUGCUCAACACCAAGACCCACAAGAACUUCUGGCUCCUCGCAUGA